AUGGCCAAGCGCUGGCAUCCGGACAAGAAUCCGAAUUGCAGCUCCUGCCAGGAGACCUUCUCAAGGAUCGCUGUGGCCUACGAGACGCUGUCCGACGAAUCAAAGCGCGCUGCUUACGACGAAGCCGGCGGCACGGCGAGCUCCGAAUUGACGUCCCCGAAGAGCGUCCCUCUGAACAAGGGCAACUUCGACGAGCUGGUGACGUUCUCUAACGACGUUUGGAUCGUGCAGGUUUUCCGACCGGAUAAUCCUCACUGCGCGAGCUUUCACCCUUUCUGGGAGAAUCAGAUCCAGAAGUACCAGCACUUGGUCCGUUUCGGGCGCAUCGACGUGACCGACGACCAGGCCAAGUGGCUUCCUUUGAAGGUGCGCGUGCUUCCGACUGUCCUGAAGUUUGGCAGGCACUUGGGAGCCGUGGAGAUUUUCCCUGUAACGCAGAUGCAUGAGACUCCACAGGCGCUCACGAAGUUCGUGCUCACCUCCUUCCCGAACAUCGGGUUGCCGCUCAGCUCGGACCGUAAUGCGCUAGCAUCCUGGUUGAGCAGAUCAACUCGGCGACACAAGGUGCUCUUUGCCAUCCCGGGCAAGAGUGAGGAGGAGCGCUACAAGUCCCACCUGGUCCCGCGGAAGCUCGCGGCCCAAUGGUCCGAGGUCUUCGAGGUCCGGUCAGCUGAGACCGAGCUCUUGCACGGCCUGCCCUUGCCGGCCCAGGUGAAGGCAGCUUUGCCGUCCAAGGCGUCGGGCCAGCAGGCCGCUGCUCUGCUCUUUGCCGCCAGAGGCACUCAAGAGCCAAAGGCGGUAGCGGCGUUUUCCUGGCCGACAGGAGAGGAGGAGAUGGUCUUGGAGCUGAUGCGCUUCACGGAGAUGGUCGGAGUCUCCCUCAGCGUGCAGAGUGCAGAGUUGCUUUGCCGCUCACUGGCGAUGCGGAGGGUCUACUGCCUUGUGCUGCUGGAUUCCCCGACCGCAGCUUUGGCGCGAGCGGCCCGCGACCUGCAAGAGUCCCGCACCAUGUACCAGGGGGAGGUGGCGCAGAUUCGAGAAAGCGGCGGGGAGGUCGCCGAAGAUGAGGACAAUUUCGUCAUUCCAAUCCUCCGGCUGCUGCGGCACUCCUCGGGCCUGGAACCCUCCGUCGCGUCUUGCUUCGCUCCGAAGUUUCCGCAGGUGGAGAGAGCCCUCGCUGGCUCCUCGGCCUUCCUCAUGGACUUAGACACCCAUCGCCUGGCACCGCUCCGGCUCAGCCUCUCCUCCUUCAAGGGCCUCUACCCCCAGAUCGCUUAUGAGGACAGCCUGAACUGGGUGGAUGCUUUGGAGAUCCGCUCCUUGCCAGACUGCAGCGAGGGCAUGCGGCAGCGCUUCGUGAGGCAGCUGUCCCAGUCCUCGUUCACGGAGCUGGCCUGGCAGCUGAUGUUCGCGCUCUUUCUGGUGGAGGUGAUCGCCAAAGCCCUGGCAAGCGGGUCAGUCUUGUGGUGGCUAGGUGCAUCUGGCAUGGUGUUUGCCACGCUGUCGAGGUCUCCGCCUUUCCUGCGUUUGCUCAUGAGCUACGUGCCGGAGUUCUUUCUGACCCCUCAGCUCCUGGAGGGCUGA